AAAGUGGCAACCAAUUCUUCUUUAGCAAUUCGACUAUGGUUUCAUUGGUAGAUACAUUUUCGUUUCUUGACGAUUCCUCCAUCGAUUGGAAGACCAUUAUUCUUGGAUUCACUGUUGGUCAAUUCAUAUUUGAAAACUACUUAGAAUAUAGACAAUACAGAGUAUUACAAAGAAAGUCACCACCAGCUUCAAUCAAGAAGGAAGUUUCCCAAGAAACUUUUGAGAAAUCACAAGCUUAUUCCAGGGCCAAGUCCAAGUUCUCUAUCUUCUCCGGAUUCUAUGGUUUAGUUCAAAAUCUUGCUAUUAUCAAAUUUGAUGUGUUACCUAAAGCAUGGAACUUGGCUGGUUCUUUAAUGGCCAAGUCUAGUUUUAUAUUGCCUAAGUUUAUGGGUGGUGUUAUUACCCAAUCUUUGUUCUUUGUGUUUACUUCGCAAAUCUUGUCUACUAUUGUCGGUUUACCUUUGAAUUAUUACCAACAUUUUGUCUUGGAAGAAAAGUAUGGUUUCAAUAAGCAAACCGUGAAAUUGUGGGUUACUGAUAUGAUCAAGACUAUUGGACUUUCAAUUGCCUUAGGAUCACCUGUUAUUGCUGGAUUCUUGAAGAUUAUUGAUUAUUUUGGUGACAAGUUUAUUGUCUAUUUAAUGGGAUUUGUAUUGUUUAUUAACUUGGUAGCUAUGACCAUUGUUCCUACUUUGAUUUUACCUUUGUUCAACAAGUUUACUCCUUUGGAAGAUGGUGAAUUAAAGACUGCCAUUGAAGAAUUGGCAAGUAAGCAAAAAUUCCCAUUAACCAAGUUAUUUGUUGUUGAUGGAUCCAAACGUUCUUCUCAUUCCAAUGCUUAUUUUACUGGAUUACCAUGGAGUAAGCAAAUUGUUUUAUUUGAUACUUUGAUUGAACAUAACACUACUGAUGAAACUGUUGCUGUGUUGGCCCAUGAAAUUGGCCAUUGGAAAUUGAACCAUUUACCAAAGAUGUUGGCAAUUUCUCAAGUCCAUUUGUUUUCAAUUUUCUCGUUAUUUUCCGCCUUUAUCCACAACAAAUCAUUAUAUAAUUCAUUUGGAUUUACUGAGCAACCGAUUUUGAUUGGAUUUAUGUUGUUUAAUGAUAUUUUCCAACCAUUUGAAUGUGUUUUGACCUUUGGUCAAAAUUUAGUCUCGAGAAAGCAUGAAUAUGAAGCUGAUGGAUAUGCUGAAAAUUGUGGGUAUGCCGAGAAUUUGAGUAGAUCCUUGAUCAAGCUUUCUAAUGAAAAUUUGUCUAGUAUGAAUGCUGAUUGGUUAUAUUCUUCUUAUCAUCAUUCUCAUCCUAUUUUACCUGAUAGAUUGGAUGCCUUGGGGUAUAUUUCCAAGGAAAAGAUUGGAUUAGAUAAGAAGGAAGAAAAAGAAGAAAAAGAAGAAAAACGUGAUUAACAAUAUCUAUAGUGUAUUUAGUACAAAUAAAAUAGUAUGAUAACC